UCUGCAGGAUGUGCUGCCCGAAAAAUAGAAGCCACGAUUUGCGAGUGGCAACAAGAGCAGGGAACAUAACGUGUAAUGCUGUAAGCAGGGCCAGACGCCGAGCAGAACUGAGCCAAACCACCCCCCGUGGCAGUGGCAAGGAGGAUGGCUUCGCUGGCAGAGGACAAUGCCACACGAAGAAGCAGCUGCUAGUUGGCUCACAGGCAUCUCUCGCCUUUCCAUUCCAUUUUUCCCUUUUGCGUACUUGUCUCGGCGCGUCAGCGUCGUCCUCGUCCCCAUCCUUGGACUGAAUCCUGAAUCUCCUUCACGGGGCCGCGCUCACGCUCAUCUCAUUCCAAUGCACUCGACAGGCUCUAAGGAAAGCCAGAGUCGGAAUACAAAUCCCAGAGAACGUGAUUCAUUCACGGAAUUCUCCCAUGGUGUUUCAGGAAUCAAGUGCAGGAGUCUGCGACCCGCUCUAGUCUGUCUGCUAUUCCCGAAUGACAUUCAGUCGUCUUUCUAGUGAUUAAGGGAUUUCAAAGUUUCACUUCCGCCAGUUUAGGAUUAGAGAAGAGGAUGUGACGACACACGAUUCGGAUGUUGCCACGCGAUAAUUUGCUACCUUCAGCCAAAUCUAAUCAUCAUUCAAUAUCCAUCAAUUUAAUCCAAUCAAGAAGGCACAUUUCAAGACCACGUUGGAGAAUAAACGCCAUAAAAGGAGGCGACUUACCCGCUUUACAUAUACAUACAUGUAUCAUCUGAGCAUGAAAAAAUAAUCAAUGAGAAACUGAGUCAUGAUCGCGGGGAGGCGAUGGAGGUGGGGAGCGGGAUUCGAUUCAAGGUUCCAUUAUAAAUCUUCGAUAUGAUGACAUCACACGCUGCCACCGAGUCGAGAGCUUGUGUGCAAAUAUUUCAAUUAAGAUAAAUUUAUGCUGAG